AGUUUCAGUUCCUCGACAGUUCUUGCGCCAUACGGUGAUAUGACACACGCUCGAUAAAAUUACAGUUCCCAGUUUAUCAAAACUUGUUGGUAACUUCGAGAAAAACGUGCGAUCGAGCGACCACGUGUUCAAAGUGUCUGUCAGUGUCAAAAGGAAAUUUGAUCCCAAACACCCACUUGCAGUUUCCCUCGUGAUCGUCACGAUCCCGGAUGAUCUGCAAGUGAUCCAAUAUGGCGUCAACCGAUCUCUCGUCCGGUUCGAUUCCAGCCUUUUACAGGAACGUUCACGAAAAGAUCUGUUCACCUGUUAGUGGAAAUGUGGAGAGAGAGGUGUUUAAAUCCCUUCUUGUCAAGUCCCAGCUGAGCAGCUCUAUACUCAGUCAGAUAUGGGAACUAGUGGACAACAAAACCGGAUAUCUGACACGAAAUGCACUUUACAAAGGUUUGGCUUUAGUCGGUUUCGCACAGCAAGGAAAAAAUCCUAGCGACAAGCUAUUGGAAAAUUCAGAAACUCAAGAAUUACCGAUACCAUCUUUAGGGGAUUUGUCAGAAGUGAUCCUUCUGGCUCAGCGAUUACACAGAGGAUACAAUCCUGCAAAGCUGAAUCUCACUUACACUGAUAUCUGCAACAUAGACUCUAUUGAAGUUAACUUGUUACCAGAAAAGAAGGGUAUUUUUUUAAAACACGUCGAGUAUCAAGUAUCGAGUAAGAGAUUUAAUUCUGUCGUAUAUAGAAGAUACAACGACUUUGUGUCACUCCACGAACUCCUUCUGACCAGGUUUCCCUAUAGGUUGAUUCCAAAAUUACCACCGAAGAAAAUUGUUGGGGCUGAUUCUCAAUUCUUGGAGGAAAGGAGAAGGUCCCUCUUGAGAUUCCUGACAUUGCUUGCGCGUCAUCCAGUCGUGAAUAAAGAUCCAAUCGUUCAUUUUUUUUUCACCUACACUGGCGAGGAGACCCAGCACAAAAUUCGAGAAGUUUUUCGAAGAGUGCCCGACGAAUUUGCUACGUCGGAAUUGUCCUCAAGAGCCAAAGAACUUGUACCUCAGGAAACCUUGACAGAAUUUGCGAAUAGCAGGGAUCAAAUUCGAGUGAUACUUUUGGGGAUUUCGAGAUUGAAGAAUAUAGCAGACUGCUUGGCAAUCCGGUCUCAUGCUUAUGCGGUCGACAUGGUCGAAAUGGGGACAGUCUUGAAUAAUUUAGCCUCCUCAGAAUCUCACGGGACAAGCGCAUGGUUGACGGGAGUGGAGGAUAUGAAAAAAGGAUUUCACACAAUUUCAAAGGAAAUUAAUCUACUUUCAACCAGAGCUUUGCAACAAGCAGUGAGAGAAGAAACUAUGGUUUGUGAACGUUUGAAUUUAUUAUUGGAUAUUCUCGUGGCUCACAGAAGUUUAUGUGAAAGACAUGAAAGGGGAGUCAGUGCAGAUCAUCAGCGAGCUUUGUCGACCAUGUUGGCUUUGAAAAAGCGACAAAUGCAAGGCGUCAUUCGCGGGACUGAUGCUGAUACUGUGGAGUAUUUAGAAAAUAAAAUGGUGGCUCAAGAAUCUAUAAUUGCGAAUGUGGAGUUGAGGAAUUUAUUUUCGCUUUAUUGUCUACACAUGGAAACGCAGUUGGUCCAUUCGCAUUUAGAAAUUCUUGCCACAGUUUUACAAAGUCUUGUGAGCGUCCAGAUUCGAGGACAUUCGGAGCUAGCGGAAGUGUGGAAGUCUAUAGAACAGCAAUGUUUACCAGAAAAAUCAGCCGGUGGUUCAAACGGAUUUUCAUAGCAAUACCCUCGGGAUAAAAUUGCAACUUUCUGUACAUAAUAAAUAUUUAAAUAUUUAAGAUGUUUAGGCGAAUUCAAGUUGAUAUUAUUAUUAUAAUAAUUAUAAUAAUUAUUAUUAUUAAUAAGAAAGCAAUGAAUAUUUUUUUAAUGCUUCGUGUGAAAAUAUGUACUUACGUAUGUUUUAUAAGUAAUUGCAAAGUUUGUACAUAUAUCAAGAUGUACAUAAAAUUAGGCAUGUAAUGCAGAUCGAGUUAAUGAGCGUUGUAUUUUUAUG